AUGUUGGCCAAAUGUGAAUCGUCUGUGUUGGCCAAAUGUGAAUCGUCUGUGUUUGCCAAAUGGGAAUCGUCUGUGGUGACCAAAUGGGAAUCGUCUGUGGUGACCAAAUGGGAAUCGUCUGUGGUGACCAAAUGGGAAUCGUCUGUGGUGGCCAAAUGGGAAUCGUCUGUGGUGGCCAAAUGGGAAUCGUCGGUGGUGGCCAAAUGGGAAUCGUCUGUGGUGGCCAAAUGGGAAUCGUCUGUGGUGGCCAAAUGGGAAUCGUCUGUGGUGGCCAAAUGGGAAUCAGGGUCCCUGGAUCGAUCCAAGGUUGAGGCAAGGAGAGGGACAGAAGCAACACUGUUACAAAUGUUUGGGAAACAUUUGGUUCGAACAUCCAGCUGUGACUGUGGCUGUGUGGCUUCGUGGCUUCGUGGCUGUGUGGCUGUGUGGCUGUGUGGCUUCGUGGCUUCGUGGCUUCGUGGCUUCGUGGCUUCGUGGCUGUGUGGCUGUGUGGCUGUGUGGCUGUGUGGCUGUGUGGCUUCGUGGCUUCGUGGCUUCGUGGCUUCGUGGCUUCGUGGCUUCGUGGCUUCGUGGCUGUGUGGCUUCGUGGCUUCGUGGCUUCGUGGCUGUGUGGCUGUGUGGCAUCAUUCUCCUCGCAUCACCACCCUGCUGGAGACAGAGUCAUGUCAUGUCAUGUCAUCUCCUCGCAUCACAACCCUGCUGGAGACCUUGGACAUCCUGUUGGAUCACAACGCCACGUUCAUCUGUGAAGUUGACUCCCGACCGCCAGCUGAUGUCACGUGGACACGGAACAACCACCCAAUCCCAUACUAUGACUCCCGCUACACGACCAGGGAGAAUGGCCAGAUGCUAUUGAUCCCCAACGUCAGAGAGUCUGAUAACGGGGAGUACUGCUGUGUUGCUAACAACGGUAUCGGAGAGCCGGCCAAGAGCUGCGGAGCCCUGCAGCUCAAAAUGAAGCCGCAGAUAAAAAGACACCCCACCAACAUGACGCUACUGAUUGAGUCCAAGGCCGUGUUGCCCUGUGUGACGCUAGGAAACCCCAAACCAGACAUCUCCUGGAUCAAAGAUGAUGCUCUUAUGACGGUGAGUGAUCGGAUCACGAUUCUGGAUUAUGGCGCUCUGAAGAUCCAUAACAUCAAGAAGGAAGAUGCGGGGCAGUACCGCUGUGUGGCCAAGAACAGCUUCGGGAUCGCCUUCUCCAAACCGGUCUCCAUAGAAGUACAGGCCCCAGCCCGGAUCCUCAGGGUCCCCAAGGAUAAGAGAGUGACCUUUGGUAGCGAGGUCUCUCUGGAGUGUAACGCCACUGGAAAUCCUAUCCCCGCCAUCACAUGGUUGGAGAACGGGAAUACCGUUCCGGGUGGCUCUGUGGAGGAGACGUUAGUAGGAGAGGUGAUUCUGUCUGUACUACACAUCACGGUGACUAAACCUGCCCGCUACACCUGUCUAGCCUCCAACAGACACAGCGCUGGGGCCAAGUCCGCCAAAUCUUCAGCCGGAGUCACUGUCCAAGAGUGGAGGCUGUAUAAAGGCAGUGCGGGUUAUUGUGGUGCGUACCGUGGUAACGUGUGUCGGAGCAUGUUAAGGAGCGAUGCCCUGGUCUUCUUUAACUCCUCCCUCAACGACCCCGAGGACACACAGGAGUUCAUGGCUCAGAGCGCCUGGGCCGAUCUCGACAGACUGGGCAUGCUCUGUAGCCCUGCCGCCCACUCCCUGCUCUGUCAUCUCUCCUUCCAGGACUGCAUCCCUUCUGGCCUGGGUCCUGCACCUAAACCAAUCUGCAGGGAGCACUGUCUGGCAGUGAAGGAGCUCUACUGUCAUAAGGAGUGGCCCCUGAUGGUAGGGAACUCCCAUAAAGGCCUGUACUCCUCUGGCUCCUCCGGCCUCUCUAUCCCCCUGCCUGACUGUAUGGCUCUGCCCUCACAACACACAACACCAGGAGCCUGCACACCCAUCCCCUUUGUCGAUAUAAAGAAAGAUCAAGUCACAACAACGUGUUACAAUGACAAAGGAAGGUUCUACCAAGGACCAGUCAACAUCACCAGCUCCGGUAUCCCCUGUCAGAGAUGGAGCCAACAGGGUCCCCACCUGCACCGUCUCAGUGUGGAUGUAUUAUCAGAGCUGAGGAACGCACAGAGCUCGUGCCGGAACCCGGGAGGAGAGAAUGAGAAGCCCUGGUGUUAUACAACCAACCCCAACAUCCGCUGGGAAUACUGCAACAUUCCCAAAUGUGGAGAAGUGGUAGUGAAGACGGAGUCAUCGUUCCCUCGCCAGAAUCCUCCCCUCCUCCCUCCCUCCGUCUCUCCGGCCUACUCUAUGAUCAUCAUCAUCUGUCUACUAGCAGCCUUCGCAGCCAUAGCCUUCCUCACCAUCAUCAUCAUCAUGUGCAAGAGGAGGAGGAAGACAUGGAAGAACCACAAGACAGUCAUGGAGACCCCCACCCUGACUGCCUUACCCUCUGAGAGUCUGCUGCUGGACCGACUCCACCCCAACCCCAUGUACCAGCGCCUGCCCCUACUGCUUAACUCCAAGCUGAUGGCUCUAGAGUACCCCAGGAACAACAUCGAGUACGUCAGGGACAUCGGAGAGGGGGCCUUCGGACGGGUCUUCCAGGCCAGGUGA